UUGGCGUGUUUAUUAUCUCUGGCACUUGACAACACACGAAUGUAAAUGUGUCACUUUGAAACAGCCGCAAGAAUGUGGAUUGUCAAAGUUUCUGUCUUCUUACUAGCUGUGAUUGAGAUCGGUUUAUCUGCCUCUACGCUGGAAUCCGUAAACGACGAUGAGCUUUCAAACUUGAUUAGGAGCGAAAAAUACGUUGUUGUCGUUUUUACGAAGAAAGAUUGCGAACCCUGCGAUGAUCUAGAAAAUGAGUUAAUAGCACUGCGUGAAGACUUGGUCGACACGCUUAAUGCGUGGGUCGUAAAAGCAACAAACAGCCAACUUGUCAAGCUGUAUAAUCCAUCCAAAGAGCCGGCCUUGGUGUUUUUCAGGCAUGGGGUACCGUUGCUGUAUCACGGUCCUUUAAAUGAUGACAGCAUCCUUCAGACAUUCAGCGAAAACAGAGAGCCGGCAGUGAAGGAGCUGACAGAUGACACGUUCGAGCACCUGACCCAGGCGGCCAGUGGAGCCACCACAGGGGACUGGUUUGUCAUGUUUGAGGGGACGGACUGUGCAGAGUGCGGGCGCCUCAUGGCUCGCUGGGAAGCUGUCGGUGCCAAGCUACGUGGCCGCGUCAACGUGGCUCGUGUCGACGUUAACUCGGCAACUGCGAGGCGGUUCUCAGUGUCGCGGGCGCCUACUUUCAUACUGUUCAGGCACGGAAGGCUGUACAGAUACAAUAUCCACAAAUAUGACAUUGACUCGUUUGUGCUGUUCGCCUCAGACUGGUUCAAAAAUGUCGCUGCAGAGCCUGUGCCAGUGCCAAAGAGUCCAUUCGACGAUCUCGUCGAAAGGAUAGCAAUAGUUUUUCGUGACAAUCCUCUUUACUGGCAAGCGGGCUUGGGUGUCAGUGUCAUCGGCACAAUCCUCGUGUUCCUCAUUUCCUGCCGGCGAGCGCGCUCGGCUAAAGCGGCACCCACAAAGAAGAAGAAGUAAUUUUAGACAUUGAACUGUGUUCUGUGUCUUCCUGUGACUGUCUGGACAUUGUGUGCCAUUGGCGAAUUUCGCCAAGCUGUGACCUCGGUAACAGUAGACAUCUGGCAGCUGUCGCACGGAAGAGAAACAAGUGUACUACAUCUGGUAGUAUGAAUUGUUACUUUCCAUUACAGUUAUUCUGUUUUCAUUAUCUUUUUGAAAAAAAUAGGAUCAGCAGUAUUAUUACAUCAUCAUGUAUGCUUCCAAUUAAAACUGUCCAAAACAUACAGCCUUUUCCAAUAUUCAUAAUUUUUUGUUUGUUAACAUUGUACAUAGUUCAGUCAGAUGAUAUAGUGGUAUAAGAAUAACAAAAUUGUUACAAUACUGCUGAUUCUAUUAUCAAAAUACAAAUAAAAAAAAUACUUUCUCAAAUGAACUGCAAAACUAGAGCAAGAGCUUACCAAUCGGCCACCAGAGGGCUAUAAAAUGGCUCUCUCUUUCCAGACGAAAAUACUGGAACGAUCUGCUCUAUGUGGACAUAAUUACUACAGUAUAGUAUACUGCCUUUCCAGACGUGAACAAAUUUGCUUCCAGAUCCUCUGCUGUUGAUCUAUCUGACUUUCACCGGUCACAUUUUGCUGAAAUUUGUGGGAGCAAGAGUUUUACUUAAUUUGGAUGUUGAGGCUCCUAAUUGGGUUCUUUCAGUUCAAAUUUAGUAUUGAAUUGUGUGUCUCAGAUUACUCUUCGGCCGAGUUUUCGAGCCCUCUUCCAUGUGCAAAAUGAGGCAUUGCAUUUACUGUUGCUUGGGGUUGGAAGGAGCAUUGGUAUAACAUGGCAAGAAGAUCUUACCAUUGUAAAUACUGACUAAUUUUGUAACUUAGUGACCAAUAAUUGAGUGAACUGAAAGAUAAUGAGCAAGCUUUUUCACGAGUGAAGACAUAGAAUCUCAUUGCUCUGUUGCCGAGUGCUUCCGAUGGUCCGUUUUUCCAGAAAAAUGGCAGCUUUACGCUACUUAAUGUAUUUUCCUUAAUUCUAUAAAGUUGCUGUAAUAUAAUGUGUGUUUCUUUCUCACCAAUUUAUAUCCUUUUGUCUUGGGAGGUAACUAAACAGUGUGUAUGGUUGUGCAAACAAUUGACAAGUGUUAGCAGAUUAUAUUUAAUGGAAGCUUUACAGUACCAUUUGGAAAGCUAUUUUUUGUGAAAUAAAACAGAAGUAUUGUGAUGGAAUGCUCUAUAUGUUCACAUUCCUUUUUUUAUAUAAUUUUUACUCUAAUGGCUUGAACUUAAUGUAUACAAUGAUGUAAAAUGUGGAUUUUUGAGGUUGAUUUGUGCAUAUCAUGUAAAGUAUUGGCAUCCGAACUUCUAAUAAGUUUUUUUCACAUUUGCAUAAUAAAAGAAUGUUAACUUCA